CGGCCACAACCAAUAAUUCCGCACAAACGCUGAACUAAUGGAGGCGACGGCACUGAGUGUUGGAAAGUCCGUGCUGAGUGGAGCACUUAGAUAUGCCACAUCUGCCCUGGCGGAGGAGGUGGCCCUGCAGCUCGGAGUCCGGCGUGACCAGGUCUUCAUCACCAACGAGCUCGAGAUGAUGCAGGCUUUCCUCAUGUCUGCUCAUGACGAUGGAGAUGACAACAGGGUGGUCAAGGUCUGGGUGAAGCAAGUCCGUGACGUGGCCUAUGACGUCGAGGACACCCUCCAGGAGUUCGCCGUGCGCCUCGAGAAGCAGUCUUGGUGGCGUAUCCGUCGAAACCUACUCGACCGGCGUCGUGUGGCAAUGCAGAUGAAGGAGCUCAGAGCCAAUGUUGAGGAUGUCAGCCAGAGAAACAUGCGCUACAAUCUCAUCAAGGGCUCUGGAUCCAAGGCCACCAUGGCUGAGCAGUCUAGCAUUACUUCUGCAGCACUGGUUGGCAUUAAUGAAGCAAGGUGCAUGUCAAGGCAAGAGAAAUCCAAACUGGAUCUUUUUCAGCUGAUCAACCAGAAGGAGAAUGACCUGAGGGUGAUCUAA